AAUGAGCAAUAUCAGUGACACCGUGAACCGGGCCCGUGAGGCCUUUAACUCCGGCAAGACUCGACCGCUGCAGUUCCGAAUCCAGCAGCUGGAGGCGCUGCAGCGCAUGAUCAAUGAGAACAUGAAAAGCAUCUCCGGGGCGCUGGCCUCUAACCUGCACAAGAAUGAAUGGACCGCCUACUACGAGGAGGUGGCGCACGUGCUAGAGGAACUUGAUAUCACAAUUAAGGAGCUCUCUGCUUGGGCUGAGGAUGAGCCCGUGGCAAAGACUCACCAGACCCAGGAGGAUGAUCUCUAUAUCCACUCGGAGCCCCUGGGUGUGGUCCUUGUCAUAGGUGCUUGGAACUACCCCUUCAACCUCACCAUCCAGCCCAUGGUGGGUGCCAUUGCUGCAGGAAAUGCAGUGGUCCUCAAGCCCUCAGAAGUGAGCAAUCACAUGGCAGACACGCUUUCGACACUUGUCCCUCAGUAUUUGGACAAGGAACUGUACCCAGUGAUCAAAGGGGGUGUCCCUGAAACCACGGAGGUGCUGGCAGAGAAGUUUGACCACAUCAUGUACACCGGGAGCACAGGUGUCGGGAAGAUUGUGAUGGCCGCUGCAGCCAAGCAUCUGACCCCUGUCACCCUGGAACUUGGAGGAAAGAGCCCUUGUUAUGUGGACAAGGACUGUGAUCUAGACGUGGCUUGCCGGCGUAUUGCCUGGGGAAAAUUUAUGAACAGUGGACAGACCUGUGUGGCCCCAGACUACAUCCUCUGCGACCCCUCCAUUCAGAACCAAAUCGUGGAGAAGCUCAAAAAGUCACUGAAAGAUUUCUACGGGGAAGAUGCUAAGCAGUCCCGUGAUUACGGGAGGAUCAUCAACGACCGGCACUUCCAGCGGGUCAUUGGCCUGAUUGACAGCAAGAAAGUAGUCCAUGGAGGCACCUGGGAUCAGUCUUCACGAUACAUAGCUCCCACCAUCAUGGUGGAUGUGGACCCUGAGUCCCCGGUGAUGCAGGAGGAAAUCUUUGGGCCAGUGCUGCCCAUUGUGAGUGUUCGAAGCUUGGAUGAAGCCAUUAAAUUUAUCAACCAGCGUGAGAAGCCCCUGGCACUCUAUGUGUUCUCCAACAAUGACAAGGUGAUCAAGAAAAUGAUCGCAGAGACAUCAAGUGGUGGAGUGACAGCCAAUGACGUCAUUGUUCACAUCACUGUGCCCACUUUGCCCUUUGGGGGUGUGGGAAACAGUGGCAUGGGGGCCUACCAUGGCAAGAAAAGCUUCGAGACCUUCUCCCACCGCCGCUCUUGCCUGGUGAGGUCUCUGCUGAAUGAAGAAGCUAACAAGGCCAGGUACCCUCCAAGCCCAGCCAAGAUGCCCCGGCACUGA